ACGACGCCUCCAGCGCUCCGGUCAGACCUCGAGGCGGGCGAUACCGACGCAAGCAUGUCGCUGGAGCAGACGCACUACUCCGUCGUGCUGCUGGGCACGGGCCUCACCGAGGCGAUCCUCGCGGCGGCGCUCAGCAAGGCGGGCCACUCGGUGCUGCACGCCGACCCGGCGCCCUUCUACGGCGACCGCUGGGCCUCGCUGUCGCUGCGCGAGCUCGCGACAUGGGCUCAGACGGCGCCGGACACGCAGCUCGCCUUUCCUGCGUUCAGCGAAGCCGAUGGGGGCGAGACAUCAGACGUGCCGGCGGCGCUGGCCAAGCUCGACAGACACUACGCCCUCUCCCUCACGCCCGCCCUGCUGCCCGCAGCCGGCGCGGCGCUCGACAUUCUCGUGCGCUCGCGCGUCGCCUCGUACGCCACCUUCCGCCUGCUGGAGCGCACGCUCAUCUUCGAGGCGCCGGCGGGCCAGGAUGCACCGCCGACGUUCCGCAGCGUGCCGUGCUCCAAAGAGGACAUCUUCCGCGACCGCUCGCUGCCUCUGGCAGACAAGCGGAGAGUGAUGAAGCUGCUGAUGGGUGUGGCUGCGGCAGAAAACGAUGGGCACGAUCCAGACGAGCCGUUCUUGGCGUACCUCCAGUCCAAGCACGGCAUCUCUGCGCCAAUCGCUCGGGCGCUCGCUUUCGGCGUCUCACUCUGCUCGUCUCCUGAGGACGCGACUGGCAUGGCGCUCGAGCGCGCUGCGGCGCACCUCAAGGGCACGGGAAAGUACGGCAACUCCGCGUACCUCGUCGGCCAGUACGGCGGCGCUGGCGAGCUAGCGCAGAGCUACUGCAGAGUGGCGGCAGUCCACGGCGCAACGUACAUCCUCGGACGCCCAGUCGAGUCACUGAAGCUCUCAGAGGAGAACCCGGGAUCAAGGUCUGCUGAGGCGGCUCAGGAGGCACCUUCUACUGGACGGUGGAAGCUGCGCAUCGCAGACAUCGAAGAGGAGAUCAGCGCAGACUGGGUCGUCGGCUCGUCCGAACUGAUGCAGCAAGCACUGCACGAGGCACCACAAGCAGAGCAGCCAUCGGCCGCACAGGAUGUCCUGCGCUGCUUGCUGGUGCUGGAUCGCUCGCUGCCGCUUACAGCAGCGGCAGUACCGGCUGAGGGACAGCCUGUAACUCCACCAGACACUGCUCUCGUCGUCUUCCCGCCGGGCGUCCUGUCCUCCGGCAGUGACGGGGCUGUGCCAGCGCAAGCCGUCAGCGUGCUCAUCAUGGGCGAGGGCACCUUCAGCUGUCCCAAGGGCCAGUACGUCUACUACCUGAGUACGCCGGCGGGUGCAGAGGGCAGCACGACCGCAGAGCAGGCGCUCGGGCCGGUGGUCGACGCUCUUCUGCGCCUGGCUGCGCAGGUGGCGCCCGAGUGGCGUGCAGAGGGCGCAGCCGAGCCAUCCGCCAGGCCGGCUGAGGUUACAGAGCCGGCACAGGCGCCACGACCCCUGCUGCAGCUCUUCCACCGGCAACGCGCGACACACUCUCGCCUCUCCUCGGGCGCUGCGGAGCAUCUGCUGGCCGUGCCGUUCCCGCCGUCCAGCAGCUCUCACGCCGCCUCUCUCGCGACUGCUCUCGACGCCGCCACGCAGCAGGCCGAGGAGCUGUUCUGGUCGAUCGAGGGCGAGGAGGCACGGGCACAGUCUGCGGAGCGCGCAGAACGGCGAAGGCGGCGGCGAGACCCGGCCGAGUACGUCGGGCGAGCCGGCGCAGAGCCACGCCAGGAGGAAGAGAUCGGCACAGGCGUAGAUUUCUUCGGCCCGGACGAGGCGGAGGCCGCAGAAGAGGAGCAGGAAUAGAUACAAACGAGAGUAU